AUAGCCUGAUCGAUCAUUUUGAUGGUACGCGUUCCUCAUCUUCUUGAACGUUCACCGCAACAUCCUGCUCAUUGUCUUUGACAGCAUUUCGAACAUUGGCUUUAUUUGCGCACGGAUCGCAUAUUGAGAAUAUGACUGGACCUCCAACUCCUCCUCCAUCGUCUGCUUUGGAGAUCCAAGAUGCUCAGCGCGAAGCCUCUGUGCCUCCACCUGCUGCUGCACAGUCCGAAACAACGGCCGCUGAACCUGCAGACCACGCUCAAAACGAAGAGCCUAUCGCUGUCGAACCAACGGUCCAGCCCGAUUCAACUCCUGAGGUUGCAACCCAAUCUUUGAAUGUCUAUCAGCUUUUGUUCCCGACUCUUGCAGAUCUAGCUUCGAAGGGUAGCUAUCGUGAGCUUGUAGACGUCGCAGAACGAGCCGAUUGGAAUGUGUGCCUGCUAAUUUUAUGUCUUGUUUGUCUAAACACUCUUAUCAUAUUUACACAGGCUGAAGGCGACCAUCAUCCCUCUCGCCUGCUCAUUAUUGCACCUUUAGUUCUUGGAUACCUGAUCCUUGAUGACCUCCCUCCGGCGCGUUUCGCAUUGUCGAGGCUGCCACGAUCGCUGGAAUCCCAACCAAUCUCUCACGCUCUAUUCAACCUCCUCGCCUCGACGUCAGAGCGACGCUACGAAAAGAUAUAUGUACGAGCGGAACAAGUUGUUCUGGCUGCUCAGGCCUUCCAAAUUCCAGGGUAUGAACUCACGGCCGUAAUCGGAGCUCUGACCACGAAUUUUGUCGAUACAUUCAGAAGGAAGACAUUUGCACUUCUGUCAAAAGCCUAUUCUUCGCUUCCAUUAAGCGUCGUCCAGACGUAUCUCGGUUUCACUGCCGAGCAGGCCAUUUCUGUUGCAACCGAAUUCAACUGGUCUUAUGAUGCUCAAACCCAGAUCUUCGCUCCUUCCGCUUCUGGAAGCACACCGGUCGUUACCAAUGGCUUUAGAUCUGGGCCUUCCUCUCUGGCUACCUUCGGCUCUCUUGCUAGUGGAUUGAUUCUGGAUACGGAUUAGAGAACGGAGGUGGUUCUAUGUUGACCUGCGGAAUAUAAUGUUGUACUUCAGCCUUUGCAGUUGUAGCGAUAUCCUUCUCUAUAAGAUUGCUCUCCUGGAAUAUAAGAGAUGUGUGUAUAUUUUUCAAAUUCCCAUCGCGCUUCUCGGUG